ACUAACACUCACAUUCACACAAACAAACACCGUUGUCAUCAGAUUCUCAAUUUCAUGCAACUCACUCACUCCCUCAUAUUAUAAAUUAAGCCCACAUUAACCAAACACCACACUCUUCACAACACCACAUAACUCACUUAAUCACACCAUGGCACACAACAAUGAAACCAAGCCUUCUUCUCUUCACGUGGAAGCCCCACCACCAGUACCACCGGAGGAACCUAGUCCUCUCCAGAAGAUCAUCGCCGUGGCUUCAAUCGCUGCCGGCGUGCAAUUCGGGUGGGCCCUGCAACUAUCCCUACUCACCCCCUACGUCCAGUUACUCGGAAUACAUCACAAUCAAGCAAACUUAAUCUGGCUCUGCGGCCCAAUCUCCGGCAUUCUAGUCCAGCCCAUCGUCGGCUACCACAGCGACCGCUGCACCUCCCGCUUCGGCCGCCGCCGUCCCUUCAUCACCGUCGGAGCAUUCGCCGUCGUCAUCGCCGCCUUCCUUAUCGCCUACUCCGCAGACAUCGGUCACUCCACUGGAGACUCCAUCACCAGAAAAGCUCGUCCCCGCGCCAUCGCCGUCUUCGUCGUCGGAUUCUGGAUCUUCGAUGUCGCAAACAACAUGCUCCAAGGCCCGCUCCGCGCCUUCCUCGCCGACCUAGCCGCCGGCGACCGACGCAAAACUCGCACAGCAAACUCCUUCUAUUCCUUCUUCAUGGCGAUCGGAAAUGUUGGCGGCUAUGCUGCCGGCGCCAACGGCAAACUCUACCACCGUUUCCCCUUCACCAAGACAAUCGCCUGUGAUGCCUCGUGCGCGAACCUGAAGAGCUGUUUCUUCAUCUCUGUCACUCUUCUCUUGAUUCUCGCCACCGGAGCGAUGAUCUACGUGAAGGAGCAACCGCAAACGGCGCUGUUUCAGAAAACCGACGACAGUUACGGCGGUGAUGAUGGUGAUCACGCUCACGCGGGUGGCAUGCGCUGCUUUGGGGAAUUAUUCGGUGCGUUUCGCACCCUGAAGAGACCCAUGUGGAUCCUUCUGUUGGUGACGUGUCUGAAUUGGUUAGCGUGGUUUCCGUUUUUUCAGUUUGAUACUGAUUACGUGGGGAGAGAGGUGUACGGUGGGGAAGUUAGACAACCAAUUUAUAACGCGGGGGUGCGAUUGGGUACGUUCGGGCUCAUGUUAAACUCGGUGGUCCUCGCUGCGACGUCGUUGGGGAUGGAAGCGUUGUCGCGUGGGGUUGGCGGAGUUAAGCGGUUGUGGGGGAUCGUUAACUUGCUGCUUGCGGUUGGUUUGGGUAUGACUGUUUUGGUGGCCAAGCUGGCGAAGCAGUCGCGUCAUUAUGGCGGCGUCAGCGAGUUGCUACCGCCUGACGGUGGCAUCAAGGCCGGCACGUUGGUUCUCUUUACUAUCCUUGGCAUCCCACUCGCGGUUACUUACAGCAUACCCUUUGCUCUAGCAUCAAUAUUCUCCAGCACCACUGGGGCAGGCCAAGGGUUAUCUCUAGGAGUUCUGAAUAUUUCAAUUGCCAUACCACAGAUGGUGGUGUCUCUUGCCAUUGGAAAAUGGAAUGACCAAUUUGGAGGAGGUAAUUUGCCAGCUUUUGUGGCGGGUGCUGUGGCGGCUGCAGCCAGUGGCAUUUUAUCCUUAGUCCUACUGCCGUCUCCACCGCCGGAUUUGGCCAAGGCUGUAACUGCUGCCGGAGGAGGCUUCCAUUAAGCAGGGGGAACAUUUUCAGCUCUCCUUCUUGUCCCCAUGUGAGAAAAUGAGUAUGGUUUUUAUUUGGAGGUAUUAGGCUUUUAGAACCCAACAAAUUCUACAAUAUAUUGCCAUUUUUUGUGGCACAAGUGACUAUUUAAUAACAGUCAUUUUAAGUGGAGUUUGUUGUGGCUGUACAUAUCCAUGUUGAAGCUGGACUCAGCUCUGUAUUUAUGUAGUUUGGUACAUUUUGGGUGCUUAGAGGAAUGUAGUGUUGAAGCAAGCGUGCAUGAAGGGUAGUCCUUUAGUAAAAAGUGUGGGGAGAAAAUCCUGAAUAGUGAAUAGGACUAGACUAUAGUUUCCUAUUCCCCACUCACUUUCCACUGUCUUCUUUGAUGAUUACUAGUAGUACUGUAAUAACAAUCACUUUUCUUUCCAUCACAGAGAAAGGGAAGCCUAUGUAGUUGCAUGUCUUAAUAAGGGCAAUGAUUGCUCAAAGUGUUAUAGAGUUCAUUAAGCCUUGAUUUUAUGAACCAUGUUUGUUAUUAACUAUGAAAAUGCACAGGGUUCAAAAUAGUUAUUAGUUUGAGGGUUUUAUUGUAAAUAGAAGAGUUGAUAGUUGGAGCUUUAUAUAGCUCAUUAGUGUGUAAUCAAUUUAGAUUGUGAUAUUAGAAUAACAGGAAAAAAAAAUUCCCUCA